AUGGCUCCUGAAAGCAAGACUCCUGGAAGCAGAACUCCUGAAGGCACCGGAGAGUCAUGGCAUAGCCAGCUGACGAGUCCUGAGGAACGACUCGCAGCGCUCCUUCAGUCCAGCAGACUCACUGACCUGACCAUCACCUUCCCUGGACACAAGAGGGUCAUGAAGGCCCACCGGCUCGUCCUGGCCAUGAGCUCCCCCGUGUUCGAGGCCAUGCUCUUCGGUCCCCUGGCAGAACUUGAGGGCCGCGUGCUCCACCUCCAGGACGAAUCUCCCGAAGCCUUCAAGUGCCUGAUGCAGUACAUGUACCUCGGGCGCCUCGCUCUGCCUCGCGUGGAGGUGGCGGUGGAAGUCCUGCGUCUUGCUCGGAGGUACCAGAUGGUCGGCUUAUUUUCCUUCAUCUCGCAGUUCCUCCAGAUCAACCUCAGCUUGUACAAUUUGCCUGAAAUCUACGACGUGGCUCUACAUGUAUCUGACCCGCCUCUCAUUUCCAAAUGCUCCCAGUUUGUGCGGAAAUCGCCGACUCAUCUCCUGACCUCAAACGUAAGGUUUCUGAGCCGUCGUGUGUUGGCCCACAUUAUGGCGCAGCCUGUCAAUAUCUCUGAGGUUGAAAAGUUUGCUGCAGUGUUGACGUGGGGACGCUGCCAGCUCGAAGCUCGGCAGAUGAAGGAAUCUCCGGAGAACCUGCGCCGUGCCAUCGGAGACUUCCUUCCGCAGAUGGAGAUCCUCACCAUGAAACCCGACGACUUCGUGGACUGCGUGGCCUCGACCGGCAUUUUCACGAGGGACGAGAACAUGGCUAUACUCCUCAACAUCAAGCGCGUGCCGGGAGUGCCUCUCCCUCCGGCUUGCGUCAAGGCCUCCAAGAAAGGUUCUCUCCACAACGAACGCCAGCUGAAGUGCGUCCACUUCGACUUCAACCGCCACGCUCGCCAGGGCUCGAUCCGUGUGCACAACCACCAGGACCAGACACUCCUAGCCAACCUGAAGGUGUCGAAACCCGUCCAACUGAAGCGGGUUUUCUGCGAUCACAUCGCCUUCCACGAAGCCACGGCCACAGUCAGAGGGGCGUGUGGCUUGGUGCAGCAGACGGUCACUAGCGAAGGACCCGACGGCUUUUUCCCUACGCCGGUCACUCUCCGCCCGGCCAUGUCCUGCUCAAUCACAGUCAAGACCAAGGGCUUCUGUUGCCCCUUGUUGCAUAGCUUCUCCCUGUGGCAUGACGGGAUCAGGUUCGAGGGCCAGCGACCUUUCCUCAAGGCAAAAGGUCCGAUGCUCUAUUUCUGGAGUUUAGAAGACACUUCGGAAUAAAACAGCGAGACUUCACCAGCAAUAAGAAUCGACGGAAAUGUUUCAUCAUUUCUCUGCCGUAGCCUGUUUCCAGUGAAUUGAGACCGAGUGUGAUUUCACUCUCCUGUACUAUUUUCCUUUGAGACGUAUAUUGCAAUGGAAGUGCUAGUACUUUUCCGCGCAAAAAAUGAUUGUCGUAUAUCGUUCACACAC